AUGGUUUCCGGUAUGAAUUCUAUUAUUGCAGGAUUCAUUAUUUGGGAUUUUAAACCAAAACAAUUCGUACAGACAGGUUCAAGAUUCGAACAGACAUGUGAGACAAAUAGACCGUUAACAAAUGAUGAACAUAUUUCGUGGAUAUUGUAUAACUACAAUGGUGAAAUACAUACAUUUGAUAGCGCUAGUUUAAUCAUCGAUUCAUUUGACAUUAAUAACGAAGGAAUCGCUAUUUGUCAAAUAAAAGAUAACAGUGAAAUAAUUAUUGACGAAAAGUUUUUUUUCAUUACUAAUGAUCCGUCGGAACUCGUUGAUUCUCAUUUCGAAGGUUAUGAGCAAACACUAAUUGAUACGGAUAUUAAUUAUACGGAUAGACAAUGUGGUCCUGACAUGAAUAUAAAUUAUACAAAAGAAGAUAUAGCUGAUUUCCAUAUUGAUUUUAUUCAACAUUACGAACGUGUACGACAACACUCAAAUCAUAUAAAAUUUCAGAAUGUUAAACAUGAUAAUGAAGGUUACUAUGAAUGUAUAGUUCGAUUACAUAAUGGUCUUGUUGGUGUUCAAGUAUUUUUUCUUAGUGUCGGUGGUGGUCCACGUCAAAUAUCGAAUCGAGAAACACAUAUCUAUUCGGAAAUCAAUGAUUCCAUCACUUUACUGUGUCCAAUAUUUUCCGCACUGCCAGCUCGAUUUACAUUUCUUAUGCCAAACAAAGCAAUACCUGAUACUUCAUCAUUAACUCGUUACGAUUAUUUACGAAUUAAACAUGUUUCUAAUCUUCAUUCUGGAGUGUACAUUUGUCGUGUAACCACUAACGGCGGUAAUGAAGGCUAUUCGUUAAAGUCAAGUUUAUAUCUAGAUGUUUAUGGUCCACCUGAAUAUGCAGAGCCUUAUAAAAAUGAAUAUGUAUUCUUAUUUAUUAAAAAAGAUAUUGACAGCGUCGUACGUUGUUCAAUAAAUGCAAAUCCAAUGCCUAAUUAUCAGUGGCUAUCAGGAGACGUUCAAAUACUGGAAAAUGAAGAAAACCUAUCGGAUAAAAGCGACUAUAUAAUUGCGACGAAUAACGAUGCCGCAGUUGGAUCCAAUAAGACGAUGACAUGUAUGGCUAAGAACAACCGAGGCGUUAAACGACAAGUUUUUACUUUUCAAUUUACUAAUUAG